AUGGGUGGUGAAGACGACAUCAAGGGCAUCCUGGGCGUGUGCGCGCAGGUAUGCUUCGUCGGCACCGUCAUCGCAGCCGCGCGCGAGUCCGGCGCGCACUGGUUACACCGAACGUGCACGCUCUGCGGCGGCGCGAAGACGAUGCGCUGCGAGCACUGCAAAGCCACUGGCAAGUUGCAAAAGCCGGAGGAUCGAGGUGAUUUCGCGACGUUGAACGCGAAGAUUGAGACAUUUCAGUGCAUGUUUUGUCAAGGCAAGGGAGCGGUGAACUGCCGCAGGUGUGCGGGCGCGGGGGGCGAGAUUGGACGCAACAUAAACUGGCAUCGCAUGGUGCACGGCGAAAAACCUUUCAAGGACUUGCUGAGAAACCGCAACUUUGGCUACAUUCCUUCCCUCUUGAACGAACGAAUCGCCAGACAAGCGGAUCGCGAUACGUUGGAUGACUUUCACGAUGAAGUCGAAGAGUUGGACGGGGUGGCGGCAAAGAUUCGUCGCUUUCGCCUGAGCCAGGCGCGAGGCGAGGCGCCGCCGGCGAAAGGUAAGAGGAAAGGCAAGGCGAAGAAGACUUCUUCAAAGGGCAAACCGACGAACGCGGCGGCGGCGAAGAAUUCAAAGCCAUCGGGGAAGGCGAAGAAGAAAGUCGCGCCCGCGCCCGUAGAAAAAGAGUAA